AAAAAAAAAAAAAGAGCGACAAUAACCAUUUCAAGUCCGGCUUCCCUCUCUCGUUCAACCCAAGCUCGUUUUCUCCUCGCUCAAUCAAAUAUCUGUUUCUGAAUUCUCACUCAAAUUUCUCUUUUAAACCUCAAAUUUCUCGUAAAACUAAUCCCUAUAUCUCUCAAAAAGAUUACUACUCCAAAUUUGAAGUACUCAACGUACCUUCUCAAAAUCGUUAUGAGGGCUCAAAAUUGCAGUUUUGAAGCACCUGUUGUCCGUCUUUUGGAGCGUUGAAGAUUGAAUUUUCGCUUGGGCAACAAAGAAUUGGCUGUGAAUUUAUGGGUUUUGAAUGCUGCAGGGAGCUCAAAGUUCGAGUCUUUCUGAAAGACCUUUCUCAAUUUCGAAUUUGCUUACUUGGACCAUUUAGUAUUUGUUGAGGCUUGAAAUUCGAAGAAUUUUAGCAAAAAUUUCAGUCUUUGACUAUUGCGAGGUGCUAGCAGUUCCUUUUUUUUUUUUUUUAAGCAAGCGGUCAAUUUCAGAGGUCAUUGAGUUUUUUAAGGUUUGGAGAAGCUUCGAUGGACAUUCAGGCCAUGGACAGUAGCGGUGUUUGUUGCUUGGGUUUUUGAAGACCCACCCCCCCCCCCCCCUCUUUUUUUUUUUUCACCUUUUUAAUGUUUGCCGAGUUCAUUUCUAGUGUUUGCAAGACUAGAACGGCUUGAUUUUGAAGAGUUGCAAUGGACUAUGAGCUUUCCGAUAGUAGUGGUACUGAUGAUGACCUCCCACCAUCACAUCGAAAUAGAUUCCAAAGUGGGGUACGACCUGCUGGGAAUGGAAGAUCUGCAGCAGUUGGUUCUGCUUCAUUACCUAGGGUUCAUAGUGACAUGGAAACUCAAAUACACAACAUUGAGCAAGAAGCGUAUACUUCAGUCCUACGGGCAUUUAAAGCACAAUCUGAUGCCAUUACUUGGGAAAAGGAGAGUUUAAUUACAGAACUCAGAAAAGAGUUAAGGGUAUCAGAUGAGGAGCACAGGGAGCUCCUAUCCCGGGUUAAUACCGAUAACAUCAUCCGCAGAAUAAGGGAAUGGAGAAAGACAAAUGGGCUUCAACCUGGCAUGCCAAGCACAGCCCAGCCUGCUCAUGAUCCCACACCUAGUCCUACUGUUUCAGCAUCGCGCAAGAAACAGAAAACAUCACAAUCAGUUGCUUCAUUGUCUAUGGGUGCACCUUCUCCUGCAUUGCCAUCUACGCAACCAUCUUCAUCAGCGCUGAGGCGGGGUCCUCCACCAGGGCCUAAGAGCAAGAAUCCCAAAUCAUCCAUGCAGUAUCCUUCUACAGGUUUGACCGGAAGAGCACAAGCUGCUAUGCGGAGUUCUUCAGGUGCAUUUGCCCCCAAUGAACCUGCAGAAGCUACCAGUUAUGAUCCAUUGAUUGGAAGGAAAGUUUGGACUCGGUGGCCCGAGGAUAACCAAUACUAUGAGGCUGUUAUAACUGACUAUAAUCCAGUUGAGGGGAGGCAUGCUUUGGUUUAUGAUAUUAAUUCAGCAGAUGAAACUUGGGAAUGGGUUAAUCUGAAAGAGAUAACUCCUGAAGAUAUUAGGUGGGAGGGUGAGGAUCCAGGAAUUUUUCAUAGAGGUGGCUGGCCUGGACCAGGCCGUGGGAAUAAGAAAUCUAUGGCACGUGGUGGAGCUCUUGCUGGGGCAGGAAGAGGUAGAGGGACCAUGAAGGGGCAGUCUAGAAAAGAUUUCCCAUUAUCACAAAAUGGUAUUGGAAAAAAGGCCGUAGGGGACAUUGAGAUACUUCACACAGAUACUCUAAUCAAGGAGGUGGAAAAAGUUGUUGGUGCUAGCCAUCCAGAUCCAAUGGAAAUUGAGAAAGCAAAGAAAGUACUGAAAGAACAUGAACAAGCGCUGGUUGACGCGAUUGCAAGGCUUGAAGAUGCAUCUGAUGGUGAAAGCGAUGGGGAGCAUCCAUCUUCCCAUGGACAAUCAAUGGACCAAGAUCGAGGAUGGAGAAAAAGGCCAUACGAUGAUAUGGGUGGUGAAGGUAGAGCAUCAGAUGGCAACAAAAUGGCAAGAGGUGGUAGGGUUGGAUCUGGUGAACAUCAAGUGGAUGGCGAUGAAAUAUAAUCGUUAGCCAUAUUGAUGAUAAUGACUCUUUGUUGUAUCAUUAGGACUAAUUUAAUGACAACUCAAGUGCAUGUAGCCCCUGGCUUAUAGUCUACUGGUCAGACAGGGCGUAGUUUGGUUCCGUUGUAAUUUUGAUUUAAUUGAAUGUUGGUAAAUGCUCAUGUAAAUUAUGUUGAAGUGAAUAACUUUUCUCUGUAAA